GCUCGGGGAUGCCUCGCAACCAGUACACAAUUAUAUUAUCGAGAAGCCUAAACACCUAAAAGUGCGCACACUUUGCUUCGCAGAAGAACUUUUACUUCUUUUUUGCUACCAAAUCCGUUUUCGGCUCUCUCUCUCUGCUCGCACAGGAUGGAAGGAAAACUUUCCUGUCUCCUUCUGCUGGGAUGCUUCUUCCUUCUGCCCUACGAGGACGUCAACGCGUUCCCCUUCGAGAAGAGAAGCGCCGCACCGGAGAGAUCAACAGAUGACUAUCCCGAUUAUCUACUUGGCGUGAAAUACGAUGAAUAUCCGAUGAUCGUCCCGAAGAAGAGAGCUGCUUUGCUGAUAGACCGACUGAUGGUGGCGCUGCAGAAGGCGAUUGAGGAAGAGGAAACAUCCAGAUCCAAAGGAUAUUCCGCACGGUCAGAAGAUGCGGUACGAACGAUGAACUUGCAGAGAAGGGGACACGGCAGUUUGAUCGGUCAGCAGAAGGGGAGGGUCUACUGGAGAUGCUACUUCAACGCCGUCACUUGUUUCUAGUCGAUUGGAUCGCAGCCACCCAAGAUACGACUGAAGAGUUAAUUGCCAAAACUAAAAUUUAUUUAA